UAGUAUAACAAGGUCAUGUAAUGACCGUAAAUUGCCGUCCUUUAAUCUCGACAAUGAUGUGGUCAGGUGUGGUCGUAUUGACUGCCCUGCUUAGUUGUGGAGUAGGUCAAGUGACACCAUGGUGGGGGUCGGCUGUGUACUACAGACUUCUAGUUGAUUCGUUUAAAGACGGAGAUGGAGACGGUUUGGGUGACUUGAAAGGACUGUCAAAGCAAAUUAGUUACGUGCGAGCCCUUGGUGCGGAUGCUGUCAUUCUAUCUCCGAUCUCAUCGAGAAGUACAGACUGUUCAGAGCCCGGGAUUAUACAGCCCUCUGAAAUAGACCAGCGCUAUGGUAACUUAGAAGAGUUUAGUGCUGUGUUAGAGAAGGCUAAGAAGAUAGAACUAAAGGUACUUGUAACUUUACCUUUACAAACAGUUAGUACCGCAUCUGAGUGGUUUAAAUCAAGUGCUGAUAAACUAAAUGGAUUCGAAGACUGGUUUGUAUGGCGGGAAGGAACUGCUGAAGCAACACCUCAACUUGAAAAUGGUAUCGAUUCCUGGACAUGGCACGAAAAGCGAGGCGCAUACUUUGGUAAAUCAGGCAAAGAAGCAAUUCUUAAUCUUUGCUCAGAAGGAGCAACGGCCGCAUUAGCUGAAACCCAAUGUGCUUGGGUACGCAGAGGAAUCGCAGGUGUCCUACUUAACCCAGACUUUCCUAUGGAACAGCGAUGUGGAGAACAACUGCUCAGGAAAAUGGUUGUUGCAGCUUUGAAUUGUGCUCGCAGUUCUAAUAUAGACACCCCGGCAAUAUUAGCAGAUUCAUCUUUAAGUCCAGGAUUAGCAGCCAAGUAUUAUUCAAGCGGUGGAGUCGGCGCUAAUAGUAUUUUAAGUAGAAGUCUAACUUCUCCAUCAAGGAGUUCGACACCUGAAGUGGCACUUGCUAUUUAUGCUGAUUUGUUGAACGCUCCUGAUGAUAUGACUCCAACUUGGAUUACCAGCGCACCAAAUGAAAAUAGGAUAGCAACAAGAUAUGGUAGUGACAUGGUAGACGCAAUAAAUCUAAUAAGUCUAAUAUUACCCGGAGCUGCAAUUAUACAACAAGGAGACGAACUUGGAGCAGCAGAUUCCAUCAUGGAAUGGGCCUCAUCAUCAACAUGCUGGCCUAACGAAGCUGUACCGUCAGCAGCACCAUUCCCUUGGGAUGAUUCUCCUAAUACAGGCUUCACUACUGCAGACCCAUGGCUACCGGUUACUCCUAAUUAUAGAUAUGCGAAUGCUAAAUCAGAAUUUUCAAAUAACCACAGUCAUGUAGGACUUGUGAGGGUUGCGGCUGCUAUGAGGAUAUCUCCAGCUUUUGGACCUCAUCUCGAGAUGAAGCGACUGGGAGAUGCUCUGGCAAUUCUAAGAUGGGGCACAGCCGGAUCUCUUCUCGUGCUCUCCAACUUAGCUCGUGACCCAACAGAAGCCCAAUUAUCAAGGAUCCAUGGAUUACCAGCAGAAAUGACCGUCGCAGGGAGUUCAACCGGUUCCAGCCUGCAGACCGGAUCUCAUGUUGUUGUGGACAAGACUAUCAAACUGGCUCCAGGGGAGACGUUGCUGCUGGCUGGAGGACAUAGGCACUGUGGGGGCCCAGGUCCGGUGGACAAGAUUGCCAACAAGUUAUCAGAAGGUUGGCAGAAGAUUAAUAAGUAUUUUAGUAGUAUAUAA